ACCAACGGAAUGACGGGUAACAAGGCUGUCACCACAUGGCAGAAAAUCCAGUUAUUCUACCAAAAUAUUUUGGAAAAUGGAGACAAAAGGACAGACAACUGGCUGCUGGUCUACUCUCCUGUGCCAAUUAUCUGCAUUUUCCUGUGCUACUUGAUCAUUAUAUGGGUGGGGCCAAAGCUGAUGGAGAGGAGGCAGCCCAUCAACCUCAAACCUGUCCUGAUAGUUUACAACUUUGCCAUGGUUUGCCUGUCUACCUACAUGUUUUAUGAGUUUACAGCAUCUUCCUGGUUAGCUGGAUACAGUUUGUUGUGCCAGCCGGUCGACUACAGUGACAGCCCACUGGCCAUGAGGAUGGCCAGAGUGUGCUGGUGGUUCUACUUCUCCAAAGUCAUAGAGCUCAGUGACACUAUAUUUUUCAUCCUGAGAAAGAAGAACAACCAGCUGACCUUCCUUCAUGUUUACCACCAUGGCACUAUGAUCUUCAACUGGUGGGCUGGAGUAAAAUAUGUGGCUGGAGGACAGUCUUUCCUGAUCGGUCUGAUCAACUCCCUCGUCCAUGUAGUAAUGUAUUUGUACUACGGGCUGGCAGCUCUGGGGCCGAGUGUGUCUAAAUACCUGUGGUGGAAACGAUACCUCACCUCCCUGCAGCUGCUGCAGUUCUUUACAGUCACCAUUCACACCGCCUACAACCUGUUUGCUGACUGCGAUUUCCCUGACUCCAUGAAUGGGGUUGUGUUGGCAUAUUCUCUCAGCCUCAUUGUUCUCUUCAGUAACUUCUACUACCACAGCUACAUAGUCAGGAAGACCAAAACAACUUAGAGAGGGAAUUAAAACAGUAACAUGACAGAAAGAGAUGAAAUAAGAA